AUGUCGGACGAGCUAUCCAUGCAUAUGUUACUUACGCCACUUUUGUUUCGCCUCCUAAGCUUCAAAGCUAGCCCACAGCGAACCCGAUUGUUGGGAGCGGCUCUUUCAAUCAUCUUCGUCGUUGUAAUGGUCAUUCAUAUGGUCAUGGAUGAGUUUCUCCUUCAUGCUACAUCUUUCGGUCUUGGAGUUUACCUCCUUGCAACUUAUUCAUUGAAGACAAUCCAACAAAUUGCAGAUCCCCAGAUCAAGGCAACUCUUCGAAACAUGGCCCUGUUUGGCUGUUUGAAUUUUGGAUUCGGGUAUUUUGUUUGGUUGAUUGAUAGAUGGGCAUGCAAUCUAUUAACAGAUGUGAAGCACUUUGUUGGAUUGCCCAUAGCAUUUCUUUUGGAGUUGCAUGGAUGGUGGCACAUAUUUACGGCUUUUGGCGGUUAUGUCGCUGUCGUGGUUGUCGAUAAGAUAACGGCAAAUGAUGUUUCUGGCAAUCCCGCUGAAGGCCUGGCCUGGCCCAUUCCGCUUGCGCUGAGCUGUGUCAUGCCGGAUAUCACUGGGGUGGCAAAACAAGACUAA